AUGGCCAGGACCAAGCAGACUGCCCGAAAAUCCACCGGAGGAAAAGCUCCCAGGAAGCAGCUCGCCACUAAGGCUGCCCGUAAGAGCGCCCCGGCUACCGGAGGCGUGAAGAAGCCCCACCGUUACAGGCCCGGGACUGUGGCUCUCAGGGAGAUCCGCCGCUACCAGAAAUCCACCGAGCUGCUGAUCCGUAAGCUGCCCUUCCAGCGCCUGGUCAGAGAGAUCGCUCAGGACUUUAAGACCGAUCUGCGCUUCCAGAGCUCCGCCGUCAUGGCUCUGCAGGAGGCUAGCGAGGCUUACCUGGUCGGUCUGUUCGAGGACACCAACCUGUGCGCUAUCCACGCCAAGAGGGUCACCAUCAUGCCCAAAGACAUCCAGCUGGCCCGCCGCAUUCGCGGAGAGAGGGCUUAA